CCAAAUGUUUACCAAAAUGUCCGCCGGUUUGGUUUCUCGUCGUGUUUGUCGACGGUUAUUUUUAUUAAACCGUCAGUGUUUAACUACUUUACAACACAGGAAUUUAUCCGAGGAACCUAAGACUGAACAGAAAACACAUUUUGGUUUCCAGUCUAUUCCAGAAAGCGAGAAAGAGAGUAAAGUUCACGAGGUAUUCAAAAAUGUUGCCAACAAAUAUGACUUGAUGAACGAUGCCAUGAGUGUUGGAAUCCAUCGUCUUUGGAAGGAUUAUUUCAUAAGACAGUUGGCUCCGACUUGUGAAACCAAACUUGUUGAUGUGGCUGGAGGAACAGGUGACAUUGCAUUUAGAUUUCUUAAUUACGUCAAACAUUUACGAGCAGAUCUGCCUAACGAUGCUGAAGAUUUUGAUCAACUAUUUAAGGACGAGUUUGUCACCAUCAGUAGCUCACCUGAAGUUGAAAAAGAUGCUGGUGUGGAGGCAUCUGCUCAGGUGACUGUUUGUGACAUCAACCAGUCGAUGCUGGACGUUGGUCAGAAACGGUGCAAGGAGUUAGGGUAUGACCCAGCUUCCAUUAAAUGGGUACAGGGCAAUGCAGAAUCCCUACCGUUGGAGGACAACCAGUUUGAUGCCUACACCAUUGCCUUUGGGAUUCGCAACGUGACUCAUGUAGACAAGGUUCUUGAAGAAGCUUAUCGGGUCCUCCGUCCAGGUGGAAGAUUCCUCUGUUUGGAGUUCAGCCAAGUACCAAAUUUUGCAAUACGCAACGUCUACGAUUUUUAUUCGUUCCAAGUGAUCCCUGUACUGGGGCAGGUCCUUGCUGGGGACUGGAAAUCUUAUCAGUACCUUGUGGAAAGCAUACGUCAGUUUCCUGACCAGGAACAAUUUGCAUCUAUGAUUCGCGCGGCUGGAUUCCAAAUGGUGACCUAUGAAAACUUGACCUUUGGUGUGACUGCUUUACAUUCAGGCUUCAAACUCUGAAAAUUACUUUGAAAUUACCAAUUACCAUUCUCUACACACAGACCAUUGUUUAAUUCUUAUCCUCAUUAUGUGAUAUUUAGUUGCAGUGUCUCAAGUUCAAAUCCUGCCUGUUCCACUCUACUUUUAACGCUUUCAAUGGUUCAUAAACCACAUUAAAAAACACAAAGGGUCAAUUUAAUCAACUAGCCCCUCCCCACAAAUUUGUGGUUAUGGGCUUAUGAUAGAAAUUAAUAUUAUUGGCAAAAUCGUUAUUUGUUUCAAUUCUUUGGGGGUCUGUGUUCAAAUGCUGAUCUCACUGAAGUCUUGUUUUUCCUUUCAUCCCUUUAGGGAUUGAUUACAAUUAAGAAUCAGUGAAAUACUGGGGUUAAUGUAAUCAAUUAAUUCUGUUUUGAGGUUUCUAAACAAGAAAACAAAAAUAUAUAAAAAUUAUUAAAAAAUUACAUUAAAAUUUACUAUUUAAAUAUUUUCAAAAUUAAUUGAAACAAAAAAAUAGAGUAUUUCAAGAGAAAUAUUGUCACAAAAGGGUUAAAUGUGAACAUUAAAAAAAGAAAACAAAACCAAAAACAACAUUAAUAAAAAAUAAAAAUAAGUACAUGUCA